CUAGAAUCAGUUUUUUAACUGACGUGUUUAUUAUUUCAAUAGGAAAGUAGUAGUAGUAGUUUUGACGUAGUUUUUUACAUGACGCUAUGGAACUUGUAAAAUAAUAAUAAUUACUCUUUUCAAAACUACAACAAAAAUAUAAUAACUAAAUUAUUUUUGUAUGAACGCUUCCAACAGAACCGGAAAAGGUGUCUGCGCUAAAGUUACCUAUAUAUUUUUUUUCUUACAUGUUUAGAUAAUUUAAAACAAGUGUACUAUAAAAAUAAUUAUUUUUUAAUAUUUUAAUUUUUAAUAUAAUAUUUUAAACAUUUACUCUCCGAAAAAUAAAAGAGUUUGUUGACUGGCAAACUGAACAUUUUCUAUCUCCAUCUAUUUUCAGAUAUAGGUACUUUUCUACGAGUGUAGCGUUUUCGCAGCAAACCAGUGAUGAUAAUCUUUUAGUUUUAAUUUUGUAAAUUGAUCGUUUUCCAUUGAGGAAAAAGUCGAGGAAACAUAUAAUUAUUUCCGUGAAUGUGUUAUAUCUUCAAAUAAUCUUAUGCGUAGCGUUAAAAUGCGUUCUGUUAUAGUGUCGAAACGGAUGGUGAGCGAUGGCGAGAAUACGGUGAUAGAUUUUUGAUGUUGAAUUUUGCUCCGUGUCAUCGUUGCCUCAGUUUUCGAUUACAUCUCGCGAAACCGUAAAUCGCAUAUUAUCGACGUUUUAAGUGUUUUUAUUAACAAAAAUUUAAUUAUCUCGGACGAUUAUUGUGGAAGAAAUAUAUAUUGUCAUUGACUGACCGGCUGAUAUUACACGAGGCUUGUAUGUAGUGACUUCUGCCUUCUGCUAUCCGUGUGACACGCCUCAGAAAAUAAAGUUGGAUUUGUGAAUCAAAUUAUUUCUUUUUGUUAUUGUGUCAUUUUUGUGUUGUAGACGUUUAAUAAUUACGUAACUGUUGUGGAAUCAUAUGUGUAUAAAGAAUGGCCUGAGUGUGACCACUCCAUUACCGUCAUGUGUGACGAUGGAAUGUUUGUUUAGGCUUUAAUAUUGUGCUGCGAUCUUACGGGAAGUGCGCGUUCGUCUCGUAGAUUGGGCUGGAUCAUGACUCUGCCCGAAUCAAAACAAGUAACAAAUUAAUUGCUGUCGACGUAUAGUCAUUUGGGAUACUUAGCAUAUAUACACACAAAAUGUCUUCGGGAACGUUUGUGGACAGGAUUGAUCCUUUCGCUAAGCGGUCUUUGAAGAAAAAGACGAAGAAGUCGCAAGGCUCUUCACGCUACCGGAAUACGCAGGACGUAGAGUUGCAGGCGCUGCCGCUGCUAAAAGAUGUUGCAAGUAGUGAACAAGAGGAGUUGUUCAUUCGCAAGUUGCGGCAGUGCUGUGUUGCUUUUGACUUCAUGGACCCUGUAGCUGACCUUAAAGGCAAGGAGAUCAAACGUGCCACGUUGAGUGAGCUCGUAGAGUACAUCACUGGUGGGCGCGGGGUGCUUACUGAGCCAGUCUACCCGGAAAUAAUUAAAAUGAUAUCGGCCAACCUAUUCCGCACUUUGCCACCGAGUGAAAAUCCCGACUUCGACCCCGAAGAAGACGACCCGACUCUGGAGGCCUCCUGGCCACAUCUCCAGUUAGUCUACGAAUUCUUUCUGCGCUUCCUGGAGUCCACUGAUUUUCAGCCAACAAUUGGCAAGAAGGUUAUCGACCAGAAGUUUGUCUUGCAGCUUUUAGAUUUGUUUGACUCGGAAGAUCCGCGCGAACGCGACUUUUUGAAGACGGUGCUCCACCGCAUCUACGGAAAGUUCUUGGGGCUUCGUGCCUUCAUACGCAAACAAAUCAAUAAUAUAUUCCUGCGAUUCGUCUACGAAACCGAACAUUUCAAUGGCGUGGGGGAACUGCUAGAAAUACUUGGAAGUAUAAUAAACGGGUUCGCUCUACCCCUGAAGAGCGAGCACAAGCAGUUCCUGGUGAAGGUACUGCUGCCGCUGCACAAGGUGAAGUGCCUGUCGCUGUACCACGCGCAGCUGGCGUACUGUGUGGUGCAGUUCCUAGAGAAGGACGCCACGCUUACGGAGCCCGUCGUGCGCGGACUACUCAAAUUCUGGCCCAAGACCUGCUCACAGAAGGAGGUGAUGUUUUUGGGCGAGAUAGAAGAGAUCUUGGAUGUUAUUGAGCCGGCUCAAUUUGCGAAAAUCCAAGAGCCUUUAUUCAGGCAAAUAGCUAAAUGUGUUUCCAGUCCGCAUUUUCAGGUGGCAGAAAGAGCACUCUACUUUUGGAACAACGAAUACAUCCUCUCACUGAUGGAGGAGAACAACCACGUGAUUAUGCCGAUAAUGUUCCCGGCGCUGUACCGCAUCAGCAAGGAGCACUGGAACCAGACCAUCAUAGCGCUCGUGUACAACGUGCUCAAGACCUUCAUGGAGAUGAACUCGAAGCUGUUUGAUGAACUUACGGCUAGCUACAAAGCCGAUCGGCAGAAAGAGAAGAAGCGCGAGAAGGAGCGCGACGAGCUGUGGAAGCGGCUAGGCGAGCUGGAGAUCAGCCACAAGCGGCAGGCGGCCGCCAAGUGACUGCCCCGCCGCCCCGCCGAGCCCGCGCCCGCCCGCCUACCCUCACUCAUCGGCGGGAGUGGGACACUAUUGGGCAGUUCGGUCCGCGCGUCACGCUAGCGUGCGGCCGGCGGACUGAAGCGUUAAUUCGAUCAUAUUGGAGUAGAACAAUGCUAAAGUAGAUAUGAUUAAUUUGUAAGGGAAUAGUCAUUAAUUUGUAUGAUAUUACUGUAGCCAUUAAUUUUUCUAUCAUCACUUGUAGAGCGGCCGGUCUGCGCUGGCCGCCGAGCGCUGCUGCGCAUGUAUGUAUGUACACUAUGGAGAUGUUUGUUAUGUAAAAUGUAUUAACAUUGCAAAAAUUAUAUAUGAUCUUAUAUAAAAUUACUAUUAUAGAACACAGUAUGGAAAUAAAAAAGUUGACUCACAUGAAUUGAAUUGUUUAAGUGGUAAAUGUAAGCGUAGGCGUCCCGCGGCGGCGCGGCCUCGCCCGUCGAUGUCUCCUACUGUCCUGAGCUAACGUUCCCCUUGUGAUUACUCAGUUGCGCAACUGCAUUGGAAAUACACGAGAAAUUUUCACAUU